AUGGCUUUAACUCUCAAACAGUGUUUGGUUGUAAUUAUAAUAUCGUUGUGGCAGGUAACGAGAUUGGCAUCUACAUGCCCAGAGACUUGUUCGUGUGACAAAAAUGUAACGUUAUGCGAAAAAUGUUCCUAUAAUUUAACAUUAAAAGAGAAUCUAAAAGUUCAUCACUUUUCAGUAUGCUGUGGCGAUAAUAUUGAGUUACCGUCGUGGUCUCAGAAGUACGCAAAUGUUACAUUUGUGGAAGUUACAGCUCAUUACGUAGACACAUGCAAUAGCAGUGUCACAAUCUUUAAUUUUCCUUUGCUGGAUACCUACUCACUGACAUUACGAAACAAUAAUAUAAUAAAAACAAAAAUUAUUGUAAUGUCACAAAAACUUCAGGAAAUAGACCUUUCUUUGAAUCAAUUACAGUUUAUAAAAGAAGGCUUAUUUAACAAGUUCACAAACCUUAGAAAACUUAUUUUAAGCAAAAACAGGAUACUGAAUAUAUUUGAAGGAAGUUUCAGCGGUUUGUCGAAACUGGAAUCUUUGGAUUUAUCUGAGAACAAUUUAACCUUGCUAGCAAAUGUUUUUACUCCAUUGAAAAAUUUGCAACAUCUCAACCUAAGUAGGAACAAUAUAGAGUUUAUACACGAAAACUAUUUUAAUAACUGGCUACUGCAACAUUUGGAUGUAUCACAUAACAAUUUGAGGAAAUUAGCCCCAGGAGCUUUGCAGUUAUUACCGAAUCUUGCUCGUUUAUUGCUGACCGAUAACCCGCAUUUAGGGAUUACACAACUGGAUACUCAGCUGCUAGUAGGCACUGGACGGCGACUGCAGCAAAUCGAUGCAUCGAGGACGGGACUUUACCAAGUCCCAGAAGCAUUUACACAUUCUGUGAGAUUUUUGUCAUUGGUUGGAAACAGAAUAACAGCAGUCCGUUGUGGAGAUUUAGAUAGCUACCCAUUACUACAAUCAUUAGAUUUUUCCGAUAAUAAGAUUGCUUCAGUAGAAGACGAUUCUUUGGGUAGAUUGGAAAUGCUUUUAUUUCUGAACUUGAAUAAGAAUUUACUAGCUGUCGUGCCAAAAUCCUUACCGGAUGAAUUAAAAUAUCUAUCUAUUAAUAAUAACAUGAUAAGAAACCUGUCGAUACCCGAUUUUAAAAAUUUACCGAAUCUGAGAAUACUAUUAUUGCAAAAUAACCAGAUACGUUAUAUACAGGAUCACGUUUUUGAUGAUUUAUUAUCACUGGAGAUGUUGGAUUUGUCCAAUAAUCCUAUACAAUCGUUUUCAUCCAAUACAUUUGAUGGGCCUUUAUCACUAAGAGAUUUGAGGCUUUGCUAUUUAAAUUUAUCGGUGCCAGAGAAGGAUGGCUCAUUCCCGAUGUCAUCGCCGGAAAGCGUACAGAUGCUUCACCUUCAGUCUAGCCCAGGAUUAGCUCGACAACUACUUGCUGAUUCAGCAGCUUUGGCGGCCUUUUCGCAUUUACAGUACCUAGACUUGAGAAUGAAUAAUCUCACAGAAAUACGCAACGAUUUACUUUUCUAUCUAGUCCAACUUAAAACUUUGAGAUUGCAUGGAAAUAAAAUAAAUUGCACUUCUGAACAAUGGAUCAAGGACUGGAUGACUUGGAAUAAUAGUUUGUCAAAUGGGGAAACUUGUUACUAUUCUACAUCUGAAACUAAAGCUGACGUAACAAAGUACAAUUGCACCUUUUCAGAAACAUUUACGAUUAGCGAGAGUUUGCCACCCGUAAACCUUUAUAGCACAGAAAUGAUAAAUAAGUUACUGCGAUAUUAUGGUUACCUAAAUAAUAAAACAGAAAGAGGCUCCAAGCACGAAAACAAUGUGAAUUACGACACAAAUUACUCUGGCUUCACAAAAUCACAAAAGCUUUUGGGUAAAUCAAAACAAAAAGGUCAACUUCUAUCUCACAUACUACGCAAUGAAAAUUUAUUACCAACUCAGAUAGAAAGCAAAAAUAUACUCACUGAUUACUUUAACGAAACGGCCGUAGUUAAGGCAAGAGAAUCGUCAAGGAGUUUAGAUCAAAAUAAACUACAAAAUGAUCAAUUUAGUAUUGAUCACAAGUUUUUAGAUAUAGAACCUUAUGUAGCUCUGCCAACAAAGAGUACAGAAAGGACUGAUCACGAUGACUUACUCGAAAUUCCCCACAAAAAUAGAUCUGGAAAACGCUUGAACACACCGAUCAAUAUAACCAGAAAUACACCAGAAGAUUCGUUUAAAAAUACAUCAAAAGUAAAGAUAUUAGAGAAAUUGUCCUAUGGAUCGGAAAAAAAAUCUAGGACAGAACAUUCUGCCAAAGUUAGUGAACGAACUGAAUAUUCACCUUAUCAAUCUGCACAUACAUAUUAUGGUCAAUAUAUGGGAACUGUCGCAGUAUCCACUUUGAUAGUAAUGUCUCUGAUAUUGUGGGCAAGUUUCCGACUGCGGUAUCGAAGAAGACGAAUGCCAGUGGUUAAUGAUGAACCUGAAGAUCAAAUAGAGGUGUCUAAUAUUUCCGGAGGAGUUCUAUGGUGACACUUCGAAGCGGUCGGCUGCUUGGCGUAG